UACUUUUUCUCCAUCUCUUCCCCGUGUCUUUCUUUCUUUCUUUCUCCCUCUCUUAUGCUCUGUGUCCUUGGAUGGAGCAGCUGAUGAACUGGGCAUCAAGUUCAUGGAAAGCCGUGAGACUUACCAGAGAAGGGUGCUGUCCAUCUUCAGCAUUGCCUCAGGGAUCUGUUUUCUCGGAGUGGCAUGCAUGGCUCUCUAUCGCCGCAACAAGAGACACAGGGAAAAGCUCCGGGCACACUUCUUGGAGAGCCGGAAUCUGAGGGUGUGCAGUAUCAAUGCCUCUGGGUUCAUGUCUAAAUCCAGCCCAAGGCCUCAGUGUGGCUGGCAGCUUCAAAAGUGCUACAAAUCUCAUGGGUUCUCCCCUCCUCAAGGGUGCAGCAGUCUGUCAGCUGGCGCACCAACAGCAGCUCCACCGACUCUCAACAGAGCACUCCCCAAAGGGAAAAGCUUCAGGAGUAGCUCCCUGUCACUCAGUCCACCCCAAAGACACCAGGACACUCAUCACUUCAGGACCCUGCCAAUCUCUCGAGGACCAAGGGUUGCUGGCCCCGCCUAUAAGCACCUGCAAGAGGUAGAGUCUACAGAGAUGGAGGCGGAGUCUUUAAGAGGGUUUGACACUGGGAGGGAUGGUGGUGACGACCGCCAGCGCAGCAGGUUCCAGAAUAUGCAAACCCUGUCUCGUUCAGCGUGGAAGAAAGAUUGGAGGGAGGUGCCCUACACCCGUCUGGACAGAGGACUAAAACCUGCUCCUCCCUCUCUCCGCACACGAUCGGUCCCCAUCAUCCUCUCUCUCCAGGGACACGGCCGUGAGGAGGGUCACAUGGAUGAGACCAGGCAGGGGGUCUCGCAGGGAGGAGGUCUCGCUGGGCCAGGUCACAAGCCCCAAGGACCUGCCAAUGGCAGCAGCCACACCCCCCGUCACUCAACCAUCUCUUCCUCUGAGACUGUACUAGAAUCUGAGGCCAGAUCCAGUCAUUUGCGUCCCUGCGGCGUUAAGACUGUACUGGGGUUAGGGACAAGCUCUAGCCACGUGCACCACGGCUCCUCUGAAACUCCAGUAGGGCCAGGGGGCUCGUUCCAACACGCCGGGACAGCAGCAUCCAGAUCAGGUGUUCCCAGGUUGAACAGCAGGAACACUAUUAUUGCUGUGACCGUGCUGGAGUCCGAGGGAAAGAACAUGCGGUAUACACCCAGAUUGCUAUACAGCUGUCCCGGGAGCAGGGGUCCUCAGGCAGGAGGCCAAAGGGAGGCCCAGGGGCUCGGGGAACAAUACGCCCCCCCACCCCUGAUGGAUGGAGGGGCAAACUGCUUCCUGACAGCAGUGGUGAGCAGAGGUGCUGGAAUUGAUUAUGCCAAAACUUCUGCCAGCUGAGUGGACUAGAUCUUGCCGACAGGUGUGGUGAUAUUGAUGAUUUGUCGCCACAGAUGGUUUGUUUACAUAGCAGGUUAGGAUAAUUCAUGUUGGGGCAGGGAUGUGCAAAUAUGACAAAAUACAAUUUCAAAAUACCAUAAAGAACAACGUAUGAAAAUAAACUACAAAAUACUUCUAUUUUGAAAUGUAUUUAAUUAAAAUAAAUGUAUUUUGUAUUUUAAAAUACAGAAAUACAUUUGCAAGUUGCCGGACCGAACAGCAACAACAUUCUCAGUAACGGUUACAGAAACAUUUGACUUGCUAUGACUGUGAUACGCUGUUGUUUAUCAACAUGAGUUGAAUGCACUGACUGUAAGUCACUCAGGAUAAGAGUGUCUGCUAAAUGACCAAAAUAUAAAUGUAUAUGUGAAAAUAAACAUACCAAAGCACACUAGGUAUUACUAUUGGCCUUGUUUCGGGGCGAAGCUCAUUAGAGUAAUACUCAGCAUGCUUUUCAAUUGUUCAUUUGUACAUAUACAAUUAUAUUUUGUUAAUUUAUCAGAUGCUCUUAACACACCAUAUUGCCAUCAGAAUUUUGAUACCAACGCAGGGUGAAAGGGGGCCACAAAAUUGUGAACCGCUAUAAAAAGAAUUGUAUAGAAAAAAGUAUUUUGUCAUUUGAAAAUACAAAAUAUAGCUCUCAACAAUAUCUUGUUAAAACAUACAUUGGAGUGCAGUUCAGCCCAGUGUAAUACAAAUUACACAAAAUACUCAGAAGUAAUUGAAAUACACAUUUCAAAUACAUGUAACAGAAAUACUGCCCAUCUCUGGUUGCAGGUUAGGUGAAUUAACGUGGUAGGUUAGAAUUAACACAGCAGGUUUGGUGAAUUAAUGUAGCAUGUUAGGAGAAUGGGGUUAAGGUUAGGAAGAAGUGUUAGGCAUAGCUACAAUGCUACAGUUGUCAACAACUGUUGUCCCUGACGUGGCCACUAGUUUGCGCUCUAGUCCUCCAUCUGGCCACAAUGGUAAAAACAUAAACAAUAUCUGGUGACAAAUCAUCAGUAACAUGACACCUGCAGGGAAAGAUUCCGCCCACCUGCAUCGACAACAUGAGGGGAGUGGGACCACCUGCCUAAAAAAUUGGACCAAUCACAGAUGGCCCCCGGUUUCUGUAAAAGAGCCACAGCAGCGUGGACUGCAGAAAAGAAUUUAUUGAUACAUUUAAGACCUUGAAUUAUGAAGAAUACACACACAGUCUAUGUGAAUAAUGUGAAACAAUGCAGACGGACAUAAAGACUGGAGUGGGAGAUUGAUUUAAAAGUGUAUAAAAUAAUAUAUACAUGAUCUAUAUGGCACUAUCUAAACAACGCUUCUACUUAGAAACCAAAAUAGUGUGUCAUCGCUAUGUUGUUUCUCUAUUGUAAAGAAAUCUAAUUGUAUAUGUCAUAUAUAUAAAGUGGGGAGAACAAGUAUUUGAUACACUGCUGAUUUUGCAGGUUUUCCUACUUACAA